UUGAAAUACUCGAAAUUCAACUUCAUAUGCACCCGCGCGAAGUGUGCGCCGAGGCAGAGCAAUUGUAAAGCAACGUAUUGGUUAGAAAGAAAUGACCGACAUCGUCGAUCGGUAAAUAAGUCCGAAUUCCAAGAGUUUAUCACUGGGUAAAGCAGGACCCGCAGCGGCUCAGCGAUGGAGGAGAAGCCUGGCAGCCCCGCGGCUGUGAGGGCGGAGGAACAGUCGCAGAGCGUCCUCUUCACCUACUUCCAGGGUGACAUCAACAGCGUGGUGGACGAGCACUUCUCCCGCGCGCUCAACAAGGCCAACAAGCCGAAGGACCUGAGCACCAAGAAUAAGAGCAGCCGACGAAGCCCCAAAACUGAAGCGCUCGCUCCGGCUGCGGCUCUGGGCCCGGCUCCAGGGCAGUGGGUCUUCCCGGCCCCCGGCUGGUCCGAGCCGGACUUCCCCUCCGGCUCCCCGGGUAGGAUCCAGCUGUCUGGAGCUGAUGACCUGCACUCACCUCAGGGGGUGAUCACGGGCCCCAACGGCCAGCCGUCUCCCCUGUGGCCCUUCUCUCCUCGGCCCGGCACCGGUUUCGGGAUCCCCGGGAUGGUGUACUCCCAGCCCGUGUCAGCUGAGGGGCCUGCGGGCUCCGAGCGCCAGUACACCAGCUCCUUCCUCAACCUGCUGCAAAGUGACCGGCCGGUGGCGGGCGCCGCAAUGGGCUCUGCUUCCAAACCAGAGCUCGCUCAAGCCUGGAGCCCCUCUACUGGGUUCAGAGAGCCUCUGGGACCUGGAAUCGGCCUUGAUGGCAUACAAGGGCCUGAAAAGAAGAAGGAUUUGUACUGGUACUGACAAUACCUGAUUGCUGACAGAACAAUGCGACUGUCCGCAGUCCUGGGCUUCACUGCACGAAGGCCAUAUUAUAAACACUGUAAUCACUGUAGCUCUGUUGAGCUGAAAUAAACUAGAGGAUCACUAACCUGGACCAAUCAACCAUCAGUACUUCUCAAAGAAACUCACGCAAACCUCACUCUUCGCAACACUCAAUGCUCGAGAUGUGUUGCACAUACCUGACUGGCAAUUCUUCACUGGGGUUGACUACCAGGAAGAAUGAUCACGCCUACAGACUUAUCAGGUACUUGCUCUUGUUGUGUGGGAGAACCUGUUUGAGAACUGGCUUGUGACACCGAGAGUCACUGUACCAAAAGAUGGACGACAAUCAAAAUGGCAGCAGUGCUGCGCUGUGGAGAAAUCAGGUUUUUCCACCCUUGGGGGCCAGAAAGAGUGAGUCAAGCACAUCUUUAUUCGAAAGAUAUGCCACCCCUAAGGUUUCUGAUCCAACAAGGCAUGUCUUACACCAUGGAAAUCUGAAAAACAUGAAGGUCAAAAUGGCGGGAAACCAGAAAACAUCAGAACCAUGAAAAGACUGCAAUUAUUGCAAAGGGGAAUCUGGGAAAAACUUCCAGUCUGUACUGUAUGACUUACUUUUGUUCACUUAAAACAUAUUUUGAAGAAAGAGGCAUGCCUUGCCAGGUAAUCUUCUGUAAAUCGGAGGCAAUGCUAAUGCACAGCAUAGUCAUGAAUAAUGUUAUUUUGGAAUACCUUGGAUGUCAUGCCAAUGGCUGACUGUUUACAGUUUGGUAAAAAAUUAUGGCAACAUAUUGAUGUUUCCAUUAUAUUUGAGACCUGGAUGAGUUUUCUAUCAAUGUGAAUGAGUCCUGCAUGCCAACCAUGUGUUCCUUUACAUUUAUGAUUAUUCAGUAUAAACCUUGGUUUUACAUAUACAUUUCUAAGCAAUAGCAAAGAGACAAUUGUAUAUGUGAAUAUGAAAUAGUAAAUUUAACAGUUUGGUGUAGGGUUUGCUUUGUGCUAUGUUUCAUAUUGUAUGGUCCUGAACCUAAAAACGUAAUUUGCUUAUGGUGUUAAUAUUAGAGGGCAUUAUUCUAUGACAUGAAGUGGCAGGUUCACAUACAUACGUACCAUUUGAACGUAUUGGUUUUUCAACUGUGUUAUAUUGUGCUAUUCCGUAAUACUCAGGUAACUGCAGAGAAAGGGAGAGAAGGAGAGAGACCAUGGCAGUUUUCUGUACAGUAUAUUGGUCGGGAAGGGUAGUUAAUUUAGCAAUUAAAGUGUUUUAUGGUGCAUUAAAGCAUAAUUAACUGA